UUUUGUCUAACUUUUUUACAUGUGGAGGCUGAAGAAGCAGCUAUUACUGCUCUGAAGAGAGCAUUGGCUGCUUUGAAUUCAUAUUUGGCUUCAAACACAUAUUUGGUUGGGCACUCUGUCACCCUGGCUGACAUUAUCAUGACUUGCAACUUGUACUGGGGAUUUACUCGUAUCAUGACUAAGAGUUUCACCUCUGAGUUCCCACAUGUAGAGCGAUACUUUUGGACCUUGGUUAACCAACCAAAUUUUAAGAAGAUUAUGGGUGAUGUAAAGCAAACUGAUUCUGUCCCAGUUGUUCAGUCUGCAAAAAAGCCUGCUUCAGCAAAGGAAACUAAACCAAAGCCCAAAGAGGUGCCAAAGAAAGAAAAGGAGGCAUCGAAACCCAAAGCUGAAGCUGCUGAGGAGGAAGAGGCACCAAAGCCCAAGCCAAAGAACCCUCUUGAUCUGCUGCCCCCAAGUAAGAUGAUACUAGAUGAGUGGAAGAGACUGUACUCGAACACCAAAACCAACUUCCGUGAAGUUGCUAUUAAAGGAUUCUGGGACAUGUACGAUCCUGAGGGUUAUUCACUAUGGUUCUGUGAUUACAAAUACAAUGACGAAAACACUGUAUCAUUUGUCACUUUGAACAAGGUUGGUGGAUUCCUUCAAAGAAUGGAUCUCGCUCGCAAGUAUGCAUUUGGAAAGAUGCUAGUGAUCGGCUCUGAGCCUCCAUUCAAAGUCAAGGGGUUGUGGCUGUUCCGUGGACAAGAAAUUCCACAAUUUGUCAUUGAUGAGUGCUAUGACAUGGAGUUGUAUGAAUGGAAGAAGGUUGACAUCUCAGAUGAAUCCCAAAAGGAACGGGUGAAUCAGAUGAUCGAAGAUCAAGAGCCUUUUGAGGAAGAGGCUCUAUUGGACGCCAAGUGCUUUAAGUGAUCAAUCUUAAAACUUAUUUUUCUGGCUAAGUGGUUGUGGUUAUAUGUUGGUUUUUUGGUAGAGUAUGCUUGUGUUUCGUAUUUCAGACAAAUUGAUGUCUAGUAUUUUGUGAUACUGUAGUAUAACUCAUAUUUUGUUGCAUUUUUGCGUAUCAUUUCAUUUUGAACAUCUUUUCAAUACAAAA